AUGAGCGUCCUGAGGCCCGAGUCGCCUACAGCACCGACGGCCAGCUUCUCAACGCGUUUAUCAACAGCUACUGUCCACGGCCUGUUCCUCGAGGAAGACGGCGUGCUCAACACCGCGAUAGAGGCAGACACUCAACGGGACAUUAACUGCUUCGACUCCGGCUGCGCCCAAUUCGGGGUGACCAUCCAAAUGGGCAAGACAGUAGUAAUGUAUCAACCACCACCCAACGCUGCAUACAAUGUCCACCGCCUACACGUCAACGGCACCAAAAUGAAGACCGUGGACAGCUUCGCCCAUGUAGGCAGCACACUCCCACGCUUUAUCAAAGUCGGCGAUGAAGUCGCACGACCGAUCACCAACGCCAGCCAGGCUUUCGCUCGACUGCAGAACCCCGUAUGGAAUCGCCACGGUCUCCAACGCAACACCAACCUGAAGAAGUACAAAGUGGUCAUCUUGAUGACGCUGCUAAUAUGA